AUGUAUGCCACCAGGUACUUUAAAUUUAGCACCUGGCACAAUGGUCGAGACCACCGGUUGGGGCUAUACGUCGGACACGAGUGGACCGCCGGACAAUCAAACCAGAUAGCGUUGCCAGUAGUCAAUAACGCCGUGUGUAAACGCAGGUGGGACUACCUGUUUGAUGCCAGCGGCCAGUUAUGUGCCGGCUAUCAAGAGGCUGGUCAUAAUAUUUGCCAUGGUGAUAGUGGUGGCCCCUUGAAUUACCAACUGGCCAAUGGUGCCUGGGUGGUUUAUGGUUUAACCUCGUUUACAAGCGGUGAUGGUUGCGCCACCUAUGAUAGUCCUAGUGUGUUUACCAAAGUUGCGCCGUAUAUAUCGUGGAUUGAACGUGUGACCAAGCUCAAAUUUAAUUAA